GGGUAAACAUGGAAACCCAAAACCCCUCGCUAUUUUCUCUCAUGACAAUAUAAUCCCCACAACCAAAAACCCUACUAUUGGGCCGCCACUAACCUUCACCUUCCCAAAAUGACAACCCGCUUCAAGAAAAACCGGAAGAAGCGCGGCCACGUGAGCGCCGGUCACGGCCGUAUCGGGAAGCACCGCAAGCACCCGGGAGGUCGGGGAAAUGCCGGAGGCAUGCACCACCACAGGAUCCUGUUCGACAAGUACCACCCUGGGUUUUUCGGGAAAGUGGGUAUGAGGUACUUCCACAAGCUACGCAACAAGUUCUACUGCCCCAUCGUCAACAUCGACAAGCUCUGGUCUCUCGUCCCGCAGGAGGUGCAAACCAAAGCCAACAAGGAUGCCGCUCCGAUGAUCGACGUGACUGAGUUCGGAUACUUUAAAGUCCUCGGGAAAGGUGUUUUGCCGGAGAACCAACCGAUCGUCGUCAAGGCUAAGUUGGUGUCGAAAACUGCUGAGAAGAAAAUUAAGGAAGCUGGUGGCGCCGUUGUUCUCACUGCUUAGGGGGUAGUAUAUGACUUUGGCUGGUAAUAAGGUUGUACCAUUUGAACCAAAACUGGAAAGAAUCUUGACACAUGUUUGAAGGGGCCAACUUUUGAGAGGAGCCCAACCUCUAACGAUAGACCCAUUGAUUAUCGAUCCUUCAAUCAACAAUCCGAGAGUAAAGGAACGUGCACCCCUAUUUCGCCAAACACAAAUGGAGCAACGCACGUUGCGAGACUACGCCAUGCCUAACCUAAAGGCAGCCCGAGGGAGCAUUAAUCAUCCUGAGAUUAAUGCAAAUAACUUUGAGAUAAAGCCGAUGAUGAUCCAAAUGAUUCAAGGGAACCUUCCAUUUCGAGGGUCAAUGAAUGAGGAUCCUAACCAAUAUUUUAAGCGAUUCCUAACCUUAUGUGAAACCUUUAAGUAUAAUGGGGUAUCCGAUGAUGCCAUACAUCUUUGGUUAUACCCUUUCUCUUUAA